GCCGGCCCUGGAAGAGGGCAUAACGAGGUUUGCAAGGAGGAUUAUGAAGGCAGGUCCAUAAUGUUCGCGAUCGUUGGGGAGAUGCGCGCGCAGCGAUGGAAGCCGCAGACGACACCGGCAUCGUUUGCCACGAGUCGAGCUGAGAGCGUGCGAGAGAAAGAGGGAAGGGAGCAGCUGCGCGACGAGGGGUAGAGAGAGAAGGAGAGAGGUUCGUGAUUGGUCGGUGGUGGGGGAUGACACGGGACGAGGAGAGGAGAGCAACAGCGUAAGCGACUAGCGCGCGCUGUGGUGUGUGUCGGUCGGUCGGUCGGUCGUCGCCGCCAUGCUAGUGGUUAGUUUAGUGAACCAAACAUCAUGAUGUGGCAAAACGUUCGCACGAGCUAAGACUGAAGUAACGCCGUGUUACCGGCGCGCCGUCGUUAUGUUAUCGAUAACAAUCAACGACGUUCGAUAAGCGUAAACACCGUAACCGUGAAAAAGUACAAACAAAAAAAGAAAAAAAAACAGAAAAAAAAGGAAAAAGUCUCGAGUAAAAGCUUCGCGUGCGACAGCGGCAACGAAAACGUCGAAGUGCACGGAUUCCUGCGUACGGGAACCCGCGCGACACUACGCAGAGUCCCGAUGUAAAUUAAACUCGAGCCGUGGAUUCGAGCGAACGUUACCGAGGUAAUCGUCGUCACCGUACACGUUGGGAGUGACGAGUGCCAACGAUCAGCCUCCAUCGCGCGGCAAGGAGACUAUCACGAAUCGUAUACACGAUGCUGGAUCCGAGCGUGUUAACGGAUUUAGAAGAACUGACGCUUUGCAGUUAUUGCAAGCAGAAGUAUAACGACGCCGAGCAAUGCCCGAAAUACCUUAGUUGCAAACAUUACUUCUGCCUACGUUGCAUAGAAAACAAUUUAUUAAAGGGACGGGAGUUGUUCUGCGCCCACUGUUGGAAAAGGACGGACCUGGGCGACCAAGGGCCCGAUGCUCUACCGACUCAUUCUUCUCUCCUCGCGCUAGCCAACAAUUUGUCUCACUUGAAAAUUACCACGAACAACACAUCCGGGAAAACCAACGACAAGGAGAGAAAGAGUGAGAAUUGCCACACGCACGGGAUGCCUCUGGCGUUAUGGUGCGCGACAUGCUGCACGGCGCUUUGUAGAGCAUGUGCAACUCCACAGGAACACCCGGGCCACCAGAUUAAAUCGCAAACUGAUGCCAAAGAACAACUUAUAUCCGACGUUCAAUUGGAGCUGGUUGCCAUGGGAAAGUUAUCGACCGAGAUUCAGAGAUUGGCUAUGCAGCAACGGGAGUUUUUGAUAAAAGUGUUGGAGGCCUGCGUAACGUUGAAAACGCACGUGGAAACGGAUCUUCAGAACGGCUGGAGUCACUUUCCUGAAAUAACUGACGCGCGGGAGACGCUUGGUAAAGCGAAAGCUAGUCUGCAGAUGAUCGAGAGCCCCGGGGACGUGUACAGUUUACAUUCGCAGCUGAUAAUCGAGAAACAGAGAUUGCAAUCCAAGUAUCAAGAGAUGAUGUUGCAGUGCCAGCUGGACGACCUGAUAGGGAACUCGGGGGUGGUGUUCGAUUUCGCAUUGUUGAAGCAAGCGCUGGCUGGAAUCCACACGGGCGAGCCGAUAGUCUCGCAAGGUGCGAGUAACGGCGGUAGAUUACCGAAUCACUUGGCGGCUUCGCAAAACCCGAUAUUGUUCCUCGCUAACUAUUGCAUGUCCCAGCUGUAUUCGAGGCACGUGGUCAGCAAGCAACAACACAUGCAGAACGGUUCCAUAGAGUACCACUCGAGCAUGAUGCAGCCACAGCCAGCUCCGCCGGGGUCCGUCCAUGUUCACCAAGGUCCACCGGCGCCGGCCACCCCGCAGCAACUUCUCAUCCCGCCUGGUUCACCGUCCGUCAAACCCGCGCCACCGAAUGCUAUGCUACACCCGCAGCAACAGUCGACGUUCAUACCGGAAGGGGUCGGCAGCGGCGGCGGCGGCGGCGGUGGCGGCUUGGUAACCGUCCACUCGUCUUCUCAACCACCGUCCACCGGCAUACCAGCGUCCCUCCGAGGACCUUCGAACCCUUAUCCACUGUACUAUUUCAAUAUCGAGGUGAACGGAUCACCCCACGGUCGCAUCGUGAUAGAAGUGAGGCCCGACGCGGCGCCAAAGAUGGCCAAGAAUUUUAGCGUGCUCGCCACCGGCGAGGUGGGAGUCGGUUACAAAGGUUGCACGAUCUUUCAGUGCUGGGACGGCGAGUCGGUCAUCACUGGCGACUUCGAGUUGAACAACGGCCGCGGAGGCAGGAGCAUAUUCGACGACGGAUACUUCAUGCCCGACGACACAAAGUUCCCCGCGGUCAGAGGCGCGGUGGGAAUGCGACGAACGCAGAAACGGCACGAUAACCUCGGCAUGGUCGGCUCGCAGUUUCGUAUAAUACUGCAGGAGAUGCGCGGCUUUACGGGGAUCUUCGGCCACGUCGUCGAGGGAUUGGAGCUGGUCGAGAAGAUAUCUACUUUCGGCGAUCAGACCGGCAAGCCUACGAAGAAUAUUCUAAUCACUAAAUGCGGUAAAUUGUAACGACGACGCUAUUGCGGUUAGUAUACCGAUGGGUACGCCGGCUACCCGUAUACUCUACUUCUCCCCGCUCUAGAUAACUCGCUGUUCGCGAGUCGCGAACGCUAUCGCUCCUCCUGACCUCUGCGUUCCAUGAGCAAAAGGGUUCGAGCCCGAAGAGAAACCGCGUAAUAUCCGAAAUGAUAUUACCGCGACGCGAAGAAAAAAGCGAGAAAGGCUCCAAUGGAAAAAAAUCGCGAGACUGCUCCGGUACGAGUCGCAAUUUAAUUAACUAUUAACAAUAGAAUUCUAAAGAUAUCGAAUCUAUUUUUAAAACGUGGACGCAGAAAGAAGAAACAAAGAUCCAUAUUUUGCUAUUGAUCCGAGGAAUCGACGUGAUUCCGUAUCUACAAUAACGACGAUGAUCGAUAUAUAGAAAUACGUACCUCAAGAUCGAUCGUGAUAUCGAUACGACUUCUAGCUGUACGACGUUUGUUUUAGAAAGAAGUAUCCGACGUUUAUUUUUGGCUAUCGGCGUAUUGCUACGUAUAGUUGAUAGAGGAAUUAUCCGCACCGGGAUUUAUCGAGCGUCGGGCGCGUGACCGGCGCUCUGAUUGUUUAGAUUGUAGGUAGUAAAGAAAAACCAACAAAAAAAGAAAAAGAAAUAAUAAUAAAAUAAAAUAUGAAACGCGUAGUUGAGAGAUAAGUACGGAUAAAAAAAAAUAUGGGGGAUAUAAAAACUUGUAUGUGUGUAUACACAUACAUCCAUAUAUUUGUAAAGAAAAUUAAACAAAACAAAAAAAAAAAAAUACGAAGAGACACACAUGGUACAGGCGGGAAACUUUUUUCGUUUUAUAACCGAUAAAGCGCGGACUACUUUGUAAAGUCAACGAGAAAAAAGAAAAAGAAAAUAUAUAUGAAAAUAUGUGAAAAUCGUGAUUCCAUAUACGCAGGUCGUUUUAGAAGUUUCACCGAACGAUACGUAGGCGCGUAAAAAGGGCCAAUUCCGUUUUUCGUCCGAUCGGCACGAUCCGCGUGUCGUUCCGUUCCAGAGGAGAGAGUCGAAAGGAGCGAAAAGGGAAACUCGAGUCGAACGGAAAAAUAGCGAUUAAUUUGUUCCUGUUGUAAACGACUUUCGAAGACGUUCCCUUCCCUUUUUGCUCUUUGCUGGUCUAGAAGAGGCCGUUCGCGAAUUAACUGUAUUUAAGAUUAGAUCUCAACAUGAAAAUGUAUGCAAGGCCUAACUACUACUACGUAGAUAUCGUAAGCCUCCGUCGUCUGAUCAGAAGAAAAAGAAAAAAAAAAAGAAAAAAAAAGAAAACGAACGAAAUGAGCGAAUAUAUAUUAAACGAAUCAUUCCUCGAUUGCUGUAUAACGAAGUACUACGAUAUAUAAUGUAACGCGUUAUACUACUCGUCUGAAUCCUCGUAAAUUCCCCGUCGUUAUGUAUCAUAAUUGUCACGAUGUGUACUCGGUGCGUGUGCGAAAGCGAGAACGGUCGAUGAGACAAAUUUUCCGAUUCCCGUAAAAAUCGGCCCACGGCGAAUAUAUAUACAUACAGACGAAUGCGAGGAACCACACUCACGCACGUACUCGUAGGACAAAAAAAUGUUUGCACGCCCUCGACGUCGCUGAUAUAUGCCUUUUUCGAAAGAGAACCUCAUUCGAUGUUGAACUUGAAAGUUUUAACACUUGUUGAUUAGCUGAUAAACGCGUUUUGCGACCAACAAUUAUUCGUUGCAUCGCGGAUGAACGUAACAAUCGCCGUUAGAGUGUAAAAAAGAAAAAAAAAGAAAUUACGUAAUAGGUACGACGAUCGAAGGGGUGGUCGAGAGCUCGAACGCGAAUUUUCCCUCGUUUCGGAAAAUAACUGAGAAACCAUUAGUCGAAAAAAAAAAAACUCGAAUAUUAUAGGACACGUGUAAAAUUCAAUGUUUCCGAGCGAAGGCUAAAAAACCCACCUGUAUACACACAAUACCCACGCGCGCGCGUAUAUACUACAUAUAUUUUUAUGAACGUGAUGAGGUAACAACGCAUAGCUUGUAAUAUCGAUUCUAACAACCGACACAGUUUACCUUGCCCCUCGCGUUCGAAUUAAACGGUUGAGCGGCUACAACUUUCGAUAAGUUUCUUUUUCCUUUCCAUCUUUUAUUUUUGUUUUCUCUCUCUUCCUCUUCCUCUCUUUUCCUUUCUAUUUUUGUUUCUCUGUCCCCUCGUCCACUCUAAGUCUCCUCCUUCUAAGUUAAGGCGUAAUCAUCGUUACACACGAGAAAUUGAAAUCAUUUUGUUUGCAGCCUACGGAACCGCACGUUCGUAGUGCAUUCGCUUCGACAGUUUUAUUUCAUUAUACAUGUACGAAAUGAAGUUCGUUGCCCAAUUUAAAUGUACUUUUAAUCAAUCGAUUUUGGGUUAUAAAUUGUUUCUCUUUCA